GUCAUCACUCCCACUCCGAAUCUGCUGCUCUCACUCUCUGCAUUUCUAUCUCUAAUGGCGAUUCCUUUCUUCUUCUUCUUCUUUACUUGAUCAAAAACCUCAUCCAUGGAGUCUCACUAUCUCACAGUUUCUGCCUCCUCUUUCUUCUAUAAUGCUCCCAGACUUCAUCGGAAGCAUCUUCCUUCUCUCUCCGCCAUCGCCGGCGUUCGGAACAGAUUUACUCGUCAAGUACAUCCGAACCGAUCGGAAUUGAUCGUCAAGGCGGGGAGAGGCGGCGGAUCCGCGGAGGUGGCGGUGGUUGACGGCGGGCCACAAUUGAGCCGCUUCCAGGUCUCGCGCGGCUCUCCGGUACCGCUCGGGGCCACGCUUCGCGACGGCGGUGUCAAUUUCGCCGUCUUCGCUGGAAAUGCGGUUAAGGCUACUCUUUGUUUGAUGAGUCUCUCCGAUUUGGAGCAGAAUAGAGUGACUGAGGAGAUAUCCCUUGAUCCCGUGAUUAACCAGACUGGAAGUGUUUGGCAUGUUUUCGUCAAAGUGGAUUUUAAAGACAUGCUUUACGGCUAUAAAUUUGAUGGGAAGUUUUCUCCUGAAGAAGGGCACUACUAUGAUCCUUCUCGGAUUGUGUUGGACCCCUAUGGAAAGGCAGUUAUAUGUAGAGGAGAAUACGGAACUUUAGGUCCAGAUGGUAAUUGUUGGCCCCAAAUGGCAUGCGCGGUUCCUUUCUUUGAUAAUGAGUUUGACUGGGAAGGAGACUUACCUCUUAAAUAUCCUCAAGAAGAUCUAAUUGUAUAUGAAAUGCAUGUACGGGGGUUUACAAGGCAUGAAUCUAGCGGGACUGAAUUCCCUGGUACAUAUCUUGGUGUUGUGGAGAAGCUUCAUCACUUACAGGAACUUGGGGUUAACUGUAUAGAGUUAAUGCCAUGUCAUGAGUUCAAUGAGCUUGAGUACUACAGCUACAAUUCUGCCAUAGGUGAUUAUAAGGUAAACUUUUGGGGAUAUUCGACUGUCAAUUACUUUUCACCAAUGCUAAGAUAUUCGUCUGCGGGAACACAUAAUUGCGGCCAUGAUGCAGUGAAUGAACUCAAGCUUCUUAUUAGAGAAGCACAUAAGCGAGGAAUUGAGGUGAUCAUGGAUGUUGUUUUCAAUCACACAGCUGAAGGCAAUGAAAAUGGCCCCAUUUUAUCCUUUAGAGGCGCAGACAAUAGUGUCUAUUACAUGCUCGCACCUAAGGGAGAGUUCUAUAAUUACUCAGGAUGUGGUAACACCUUCAAUUGCAACCAUCCUGUUGUGCGCCAAUUCAUAGUGGACUGCUUAAGAUAUUGGGUAACAGAAAUGCAUGUCGACGGGUUUCGCUUUGAUCUUGCUUCUAUCUUGACCAGGGGUAGCAGUCUUUAUGAUGCUGUUAAUAUAUAUGGAAGUCCAAUUGAAGGUGCCUUGCUGACGACUGGCACCCCUCUUAGCAGCCCUCCAUUGAUAGAUAUGAUGAGUAACGAUCCGAUACUCUGUGGAGUGAAGCUUAUAGCUGAAGCAUGGGAUGCGGGAGGCCUGUACCAAGUCGGUUCGUUUCCUCACUGGGGUAUUUGGUCAGAGUGGAAUGGGAAGUAUCGAGACACAGUGCGGCAGUUUAUAAAAGGUACAGAUGGUUUUUCUGGGGCGUUAGCUGAACGCCUUUGUGGGAGCCCCAAUCUAUAUCAGGAAGGAGGAAGGAAACCAUGGCAUAGUAUCAAUUUUGUAUGUGCCCAUGAUGGAUUUACUUUGGCGGAUUUGGUUGCCUAUAACAACAAACAUAACUUGGCAAAUGGAGAAGACAACAAGGACGGAGAGAAUCAUAAUAAUAGCUGGAACUGUGGACAGGAGGGAAAGUUUGUAAGCAUUUCCGUGAAGAAAUUGAGGAAACGACAAAUGAAGAAUUUUUUCCUCUGCCUCAUGGUUUCCCAAGGUGUUCCAAUGAUAUAUAUGGGUGAUGAAUAUGGUCACACAAAAGGAGGAAACAACAAUACAUACUGCCAUGAUAACUACAUCAACUACUUCCGCUGGGAUAAGAAGGAAGAUUCCUCGUCAGAUUUCUUUAGAUUUUGCUGCCUCGUGACCAAAUUCCGCCGGGAAUGUGAGUCACUUGGCUUAAAAGACUUUCCAACAGCGGAGAGGCUGCAGUGGCAUGGCCAUGCUCCUGAGACGCCAGACUGGUCUAAGACAAGCCGUUUUGUCGCCUUCAGUCUGAAAGACUCGAUCAAGGGAGAAAUCUACGUUGCCUUCAAUGCCAGCCAUCUCCCAGUUACCAUUUCACUGCCGGAGCGGCCCGGAUACAGAUGGGAGCCAUUGGUCGAUACCGGCAAGCCUGCACCAUACGACUUCCUCUCACCUGAUGUCCCGGAAAGAGAGAUUGUUGUGAAACAGUAUGCGCACUUCCUCGACGCCAAUCUGUACCCCAUGCUUAGUUACUCUUCCAUCAUUCUGUUACUCACCCCAUAUGUGGAGGUCUCCUCCUGAGCAUAUAUUCAUAUUACGUUCAAAUCCUUGUAUAAAAAAGUAACCAAGUGUGUGGAGUAUAAAAAGUAAACUUCAUUAAGUGGAACUGUGUAGAGGAGAGCAGGAAAAGUAAAGAAUGUCAAUUACGUUUAAUGUAAUUACUUUCUUCGUGUGCAACUAUGUAACCGCUAUGCUAUGAGAGGUGAUAUAGGCGCGUUUCAAAUAAAAUAUACAUGCGUAAUU